AUGUCCGCGCCGCCGCCCUCAGACAAUCGCCGCCUGCCACGUGUCCCCGCCGCCGUCUCCACCGCGCCUCCAUCGCGCGGGCCCGCCAGGCCCGCCGCCGGCCCCGCGGCCCGGCACCCGCGAGCCGCGCACCCGUCCCGGGCCGCCUCGCCCCCGCGCGCCGCCUGCCUCCGCCGCCGCCAUCCGUCUCCCUUGUCGCCGGCGCGCCGCCUCGCCUCCGGCCAGAUCCCCCCCAGAUCCGGCGACCCCGCGGCCCCCCGCCGCCUCUCCUGCUCGCCACCGGCCGGAUCCGGCGAGAUCCAGCCCGGAGGAGCCUCGCCGCCACAUCCCGAGCUCGCCGGAGGAGCUCGUCGCCCACGUUGA